AUAUCUUCCAUUAUUUCCUCUCAUUUAUGAUUUGUGGUUCUCUUGAUUUUCUCACAUUAAACCCCUUUUUUUCCUCUUCUCUCUAUCACUGCUUUUUGUAUCUUAGGGAAUGUUUUAGAAAACCAUGAAAUCAUCUAGUAAGCCAUUUGAUCACAAGUUUCAUAACUAUGGCAAAAAGGAAAGCUGUGCCAACCUAUUGAUCAAAGGGUUACCUUUUGUUUUGACAUCUCUAUUCAUAGCCACCAUUUUAACUUUCUUCUUCCUUUAUUCUCCAAAUCCUUUGACCCUUUUGCCUAAUCAAACCCAUGAUGAAUUCAUUGAUAAUCACUCCCAAAUAGAAGAACAUGAACAUGCCAAUGAUUUCAUUAAACAUCAUUCCCAAAACCUAAACCUAAAUCAAGAACAUGAAGAUCAACAUGUCAAUAUAUCAAAACCUUCACCAUCCAAACCAAAUAAGGAGAAGAAAACAUGUGACUUAUUUAAGGGUCAUUGGAUAAGAGGUUUAAGAGGGUCAUCUUAUUACACAAAUUCAAGUUGCCCUACAAUUCCAGAUAGCAAAAAUUGUUUCAAGCAUGGAAGAAUGGACAAUGAUUUUCUCAAUUGGAAAUGGAAACCUGAACAAUGUGAACUUCCAAUGUUUGAUCCUAAAAUUUUUCUCAACAUUGUUCGUGGCAAGAAAAUGGCUUUCAUUGGUGACUCUGUGGCUAGGAACCAUAUGGAUUCUCUCCUUUGUCUAUUGUCACAGGAGGAAAUUCCAAAGGAUAUACACAAGGACUCAGAAGAUAAAUUCAGAACAUAUUAUUUCCCUAAGUAUGACUUCACUCUAAUGAUACUAUGGAGCAGAUUUCUAAUAGUAGGUGAAGAAAGAAUUGUAAAUGGAACAGAUACAGGCAUUUUCGACCUACAUUUCGACAAAGUCGAUGAAGAUUGGGCUAAAGUAAUACCUGAAUUGGACUAUGCAAUAGUUUCAAGUGGACAUUGGUUUUUCAGAUUAAUGUACCUUCAUCAAGGUGGAAAAUUACUAGGCUGUGUCUAUUGCAGUGAAAAAAAUGUCAUUAACCGUGACAGUGAUUUUACACUAAGGUUAGCAUUUGAAGCAACAUUGAAUUACAUAAAUAAUUGCAAGGAAUGUAGAAAAGGAAAAUUGUUAACAAUUUUGAGGACAUUUGCACCAGCACAUUUUGAAGGUGGAAUAUGGAACACUGGAGGGUAUUGCAAUAGGACAAGUCCUAUAAACAAAGGUGAAGUUGAUUUGAAUAGAUUUGAAUGGAAUUUAAGGAAUGUUCAAAUGGAAGAGUUUAUGAAAGUUAAAAAUAAUAAUAAAGGGAACAUUAGGUUUGAAAUUUUGGAUGUAACAAAUGCAAUGAUGAUGAGACCAGAUGGACAUCCUGGUCAACAUUGGGGAAAUAAAUGGAUGAAAGGUUAUAAUGAUUGUACUCAUUGGUGUUUGCCUGGUGCUAUUGAUGUUUGGAGUGAGUUGUUAUUGGCUAUACUUCAAAGGGAAGGUGAUCAAGAGAGGAUUAUGAGUUUUGGAUUAGAGUAAUCAUCAAAUAUGAAAAGAUGAUUUUAGUUUUUAUAUGUUAUAGUUAAAGGGAAAUAGCAAUUUAUAUAUUUGUUAGGACAUGAGAAUAAUAUUCUUGUUUUGUUUUAAUUAGUUCAUUGAUUUGUGGUUUUAAUUUUUAGGAC